AUGUCGGAAUCUUCCAAGGAGAGCUCAGGGACUUGUGGGGAAGCUGGGAAACGGAGGCUGCCGGUGACUGGCAGGAGUUGCUUAAACACCAUGGACAAAAAAUUGAAUGUACUCAAUGAAAAGGUAGAUAAACUCUUGAAUUUCCAAGAAGAUGUAUCAGGAAAACUAGAGAGCAUGUAUCGAGGCAUUGGCGACCUAGAACGGGGCAUCAGCAAGAUUGUAGCUGCUUCGAAAACAGAUCUUCCCUGGGAAGGACUGGCUCAAGCCCAGGUUCAAACAGGAUGCCCUGAGAUGCUAGAGAUGGUGAGGGCUGUGCAACGGGACACUUCCCGACAUAGCACAAUGCUUGAAGGGUUGGUCAAGAUGGUCACUGCAGUGGACAAAGCCAUGACUUUGAUUGGAAUGAUUUUCCAGAACUCUAAACUGGUGGAUUUCAUUGUGCAAGGGAGUAAUCCCUGGAGGAAAGGGAGCCUGGCUGAUGCUGAGAUUCUGGAGGAGAGCAAGGAGAAAGCUGAGGAGAAGGGGGCUAAACCAAAGCAGGCCCUUAGCACUCGAGGAGUGCAGGCUGAGAUCAGAAGGCCUUUGGAAGAAAGCCAAAAGGCAGAGCUGUUGGAGGGGAAGGACAAGAAGCUGCCCCCAGGGACCCUUCAAGAUUCUGCAGUUAACUCAGACUCUCUCAGAGGGGAAGGAGCUUCCCUAAGGCAGAAAGAUGGAGAUUCUGCCCCAGCCUCCAGUCAGAGACCUCUCGACUGUCCUCUGUCACCCAAAGACACAGUCUCAAAAGACCUUGCGAGAGCCAGUGACAUCACCCUUGGGCAUCCAGAUGGGACAGCAGUACCACAAGGGAACAGUGAAGUCUCCCAGGGUCAGGUGGAACCUGGAAGAGUAGAACAAGGAGGAGAUAUGCCUGGUCAGUCUGUCUCUUGGUCAUCAGAGGAGGUGGCAAAGGCAGGUCCGAGUUCCAGCACUGAGGUCCUAGGAGCCUUGUCCCAACCCAUGGGAGCUCAGGGAGGAGGGAUGCCUCCAAGGUUGUCCAUCCACGUGCAGGAGACAGAACCACCUGGGGAGAGGCUGAUGAACCAGGCAGGAGGCUGGGGUUGCUCUUCAGAGAAGAUCCUUAGACCCAAAGCCUUGGCAUCAUUGUCCUCUGAAGGGGAAGGAAGCCCAUGUGGGCAGGAUAUAUGGGUGCCCAUAGGCUGUUUCCAGCCCUCCAGAACUGAUCCCACUUUGACAGGCCUUGAAGGAAAGUCUUGGGAGAUAGGACAAAGCGAGCAUGACCUACAAGGCAAGGAGAGGGGUGACUUCCUCCUUGGGACUAAUGACCAGAAAACAGCAGUUAAAUCUGAGACAGGUGAGCAAGCAAUGGAACCCAGCACUGCCGAAAAGGAUGGAAAAGAUGCCACUAGGAUCUCAGUUGAACAAGAGAGAAACCCAGGAAAUCAAACCCAGGAGUCAGAAAACAUGGGAGCAGCAGUAGAAGGAGAAGCCACAGCUGUGGGAACAAGUGUGCCCUGUGAGAGGGCAGGAAGCCUGGUGUUGGAUGACAGCCCGGCCCCCCCAGCCCCUUUCGAGCACCGUAUAGUGAGUGUCAAGGAAGUCCCGAUCACCACAGGGUACAUCGUGUGCCAGCAUGAAGUCUUGGGAGGGGGACGGUUUGGUCAAGUUCACAAGUGUACCGAGAAGUCUACGGGUCUCUCCCUCGCAGCCAAGAUCAUCAAAGUAAAGAGUGCCAAGGACCGGGAGGAAGUGAAGAAUGAAAUCAACAUUAUGAACCAGCUGAGCCACGUGAAUCUGAUCCAGCUCUAUGAUGCCUUUGAGAGCAAAAACAGUUUCACUUUGGUCAUGGAAUAUGUUGAUGGCGGUGAGCUGUUUGACCGGAUCACAGAUGAAAAAUACCAUUUGACAGAACUAGAUGCUGUCCUCUUCACCAGACAGAUCUGUGAGGGUCUCCACUACCUGCACCAGCAUUACAUUCUGCACCUGGACCUUAAGCCGGAGAACAUACUAUGUGUAAAUCAGAUGGGAAACCAAAUUAAAAUCAUUGACUUUGGGCUGGCCAGAAGGUACAAACCCCGGGAGAAGCUGAAAGUGAACUUUGGCACCCCAGAAUUCCUGGCCCCUGAAGUGGUGAACUAUGAUUUUGUCUCCUUUCCCACUGACAUGUGGAGUGUGGGUGUCAUCACAUACAUGCUGCUCAGUGGCUUGUCACCAUUUCUGGGGGAAACAGAUGCGGAGACAAUGAAUUACAUUGUCAACUGUAGCUGGGAUUUUGAUGCUGAGGCCUUUGAAGGGCUGAUGGAAGAGGCCAAAGAUUUCAUUUCUAGACUACUGAUUAAAGAGAAGAGUUGUAGAAUGAGUGCUGCACAAUGUCUGAAACACGAGUGGUUGAAUAAUCUGCCGACCAAAGCCACGAAAUCUAAAGUUCGGCUCAAGUCCCAGAUACUGCUACGGAAAUACAUGGCUCAAAGAAAAUGGAAAAAACACUUCUACGCAGUGACUGCUGCCAACAGACUUAGGAAGAUUCCAAGUUGCCCCCAAACCUCAUCUAUGCUGCUUUGAAAGUUCUGCAGUACUUAGAGCUAGAGAUGAAGCUAAGACAGAGAACUCUUUGUCUAGUGAUCUGGCCCUUUGCUAUUAUAAUAUUUGAUUUCCCGUUUUUAAAUCGUGUAAGUAAUGUUAUGACUAUGGCCUGUCUUAAAUGUGGAUGUGAACUUGCUAUGUAAGAAUUACCUUAAAAACUUUACCAGAUGAUGACAGUAAGCAUGCUUUAAAAUAAAAAUGGGUUGG